AUGAAAGCGCUAACAGAGGGUGACUCUUUGGCAUUCAGUCCAAUGUUGGUGGAACCGACGAAUACUUCAAUAGUUUUACUCAACGAAAUCAAUAAGCGUAUCUUGGAAAACAAAUCAGUUUAUGAUCAGGACAUCCUCAGCGAGCUGUGCUCUAUACAAUACCACGGCGUAGUUUGUCGAAACUUCGAAUACAAGAAGUCGCAGAUGGAAAUGGGUAACGUCAGAGAAUUCAGCAGGAACAUGCUGCUAACAUACUUGAUUAAUCCUAUCUAA